AUGGUGCUGCCGGCGCUCGUCACGCCUCCCAGAGACCCCGAGCUGGAGGCGCGGUGUCAGCGGCUGCGGCUGGAGCAGGACGAGCGCGACUACCGGCGCAUGGUGCGCAACGUCGACAACGCCCGGCUCCGGGAGCCGACGAUCGCCAUCGGCAAACAGAUGCGCGAGGUGAACGCCCAGUUGGUGGAAGUGGGCCAGGUGGUGUUCUCCGUGGCAGCCGCGUUCCUGUUCGGUUACAUGGCGAUGGCGGUGGCGGCCGGCAACGCCGACACGGGCCGCCGCAUCCUGGCCGGCCUGGCCGCCGCGCUGGUCGUGCUGGUGGCCGAGGGCUACUUCCUCAUCCGGUACCUGAGCUCUGUCGACGAGCCGCCGAUGACCCAGCUGGCGGCGCCGGCCGCGUCGCCGCGCGACAAGAAGCGCCAGUGAGGCGCGCGACCGUGCGGACCGGCUCCGGAGGCAGGCGGACCGGCGCGCUGGGAGCCGCUACUGGUGCGCUGGUUACCAGGGGACUGGCGGAUCGGUACCGGCAAGCCGACAAACUUGGACUGGCGGACUAGUGAAGUUUGGCUGAGGGACAAGCAGACGGGGGCUGGUCGGCCUGAGACCAGCGGGUCUGUCGGCUGGGAUGAUGGAUGGCGUAUAUGAAAACAGCGGCCGACAAGGAGCUUGUGGUGACUAAGCAAUGUAUACUGGUUUGCAUUGCCUGACCGACACGUCACUGGCCAGAAGCUGAGCUAUGUUGGGUGGUGUUAAGCCGAUAGUACUGUAUGUUGGGUGGUAGCCUUGCCAUGGCUCUUUGCAACUGAGUUGACUGCCGGACGCAGUCAGUGUGGCCUGGUGCUGGAUAUUUCUUUAAUCGUAUAUAGGAAUGGUUACAUGACAGCAGGCCAUUGGUGUUACCAGCAGAAUAUCUUAUUACUUGUAAGAGUGUUUGUGAGCUUUGGGCUAUUUCAGGGCGAGUAUGAUCAAUGACACCUUAAGUUUGUUCUUGUGGUGCAUCAUUCCAAAUGGUACCGCGAUGCAAUUUCUUAAUGCAAGCAUUGCAUAUG